UUAUAUAAAUGAUAAAGGAAAUAUUAAUUUUUUAAAAAGUGGGAAUUCGAUUAGUAAUUAAGGAUAGAAAGUGGACGUGCCGGAGUGGUUAUCGGGCAUGACUAGAAAUCCUACGAGUUUCCAACACAAAGUGUUACAUGAUCAAUGCGUACCUUGCAAGUAAUAAAGCAAUGCAAAUCCAUCUCCCAACUCCACCAAGUCCACGCCCACAGCAUCACCACCGGUCUCUUACCUCUCCACACAUUCCCAAUCUUAAACAACAUCCUCUCCACCCUCUCUUCCUUACUCACCACUUCUUCCAACUCCAACUCAAUAAUAACCUUCUAUGCUCUCUCCCUCUUCCAUUCCAUCCCAAACCCUAGCACAUUCUCCUUCAACACCCUCAUCAGAAUCCACACCCUCCUCCUCUCCCCUCUCCCCGCCCUCCACCUCUUCUCCACCCUCCGCCGCCUCUCCCUCCCCCCUGACUUCCACACCUUCCCCUUUGUCCUCAAAGCCUCCGCCCAACUCCAUUCCCUCUCCCUCGCCCAAUCCCUUCACUCCCAAGCCCUCAAAUUCGGUCUUUUACCCGAUUUAUUCUCACUCAACACCCUCAUAGGUGUCUACUCCAUCCACCACCGCGUCAACGAUGCCCACAAACUGUUCUACGAAUGUCCCCACGGAGAUGUCGUCUCCUACAACGCCUUGAUUCAUGGGCUCGUCAAAACCCGCCAGAUUUCCCGCGCUCGGGAACUGUUCGACGAAAUGCCCGUGAGAGAUGAAAUAUCAUGGGGCACCAUGAUAGCCGGGUAUAGUCACUUGAAACUGUGUAACCAAGCCAUUGAACUCUUUAAUGAAAUGAUGAGGUUAGAGGUUAAGCCGGAUAAUAUCGCGUUGGUGUCGGUUCUCUCUGCUUGUGCUCAGUUGGGGGAGUUAGAACAAGGUAGCAUUGUUCAUGAUUACAUUAAAAGGAAUAGGAUACGAGUUGAUUCAUAUUUGGCAACCGGGUUGGUGGACUUGUAUGCGAAAUGUGGGUGUGUUGAGACUGCGAGGGACGUGUUUGAGUCAUGCAUGGAGAAAUAUGUGUUUACGUGGAAUGCCAUGCUUGUUGGCUUCGCGAUUCACGGGGAAGGUUCGAUGGUGUUGGAGUAUUUCUCUAGAAUGGUUUCUGAGGGAGUUAAGCCUGAUGGGGUGACCUUGUUGGGGGUGUUGGUGGGGUGUAGCCAUGCGGGUUUAGUUCUCGAAGCGCGGAGGAUUUUCGAUGAGAUGGAAAAUGUUUAUGGAGUUAAACGGGAGGGAAAGCAUUAUGGGUGCAUGGCUGAUAUGUUGGCGAGGGCUGGGUUGAUUGAGGAAGGGGUGGAGAUGGUAAAAGCGAUGCCGAGUGGGGGUGAUGUGUUUGCGUGGGGAGGGUUGCUUGGAGGGUGUAGGAUUCAUGGGAAUGUUGAGGUUGCCAAGAAAGCAGCGCAGCAAGUGAUGGAGAUAAAGCCUGAAGAUGGUGGGGUGUAUUCUGUAAUGGCUAAUAUUUAUGCUCACACGGAGCAAUGGGAUGAUUUAGUCAAGGUUAGGAGAUCGUUGAGUGCUAACAAGAGGGCCAAGAAGAUUACUGGGCGUAGUUUGAUUAGGCUGAAUGACGAGGGAGUAAGGUGUAUAGAUUAAUUGGAUAUUAGGAUAGAUUUAAUUGUGAAUGAUUGUUAUUUUACAUUUAUUUUUUUGGCGAAUGGUAUAUUAUUAUCAUUAGUACUCGAGUUUUUUGCCGUGCAACCAGCUCGAGAGCUUUGUGAGAUUGGAGGCCACCAAAGACCUUUUGGUUCAUGGCAAUGCAUCACAAGAAAUCACUUGUUUCACUCGAGUAAAGUAGUUCUUGGAAGAUAUUAGGCCAAUUGUAUAUACUUUUGGAAGAUAAAAUGAUCUCUGAAUAUAUACUGUCACUUAAAUUAUUCUGUGCGUUAACUCAGGUUAAUUAAAAUUGACAUAAAGUAUCAUGUAGAUGCAUGACUUGAGUAACUUUCCUUCCACUUUCAAGUAACCUUAUUUUGGUAUCUAGAAGGUAUAAAAUUACAUUAACAAACCCUGUUACCCGGUAAAUUAUCCAAUGUCUCCCUGUUAUUCCUUACGGGGCUUCAUGAUCUUGAAAUAAUUUUAUUUUAACACUAAUUCAAUUCACUUUUACAUUUUAACACUAAUUCACUAUGAUUCAAGAAUUAAUUUAACUAUUUACUCCAUUUGAUGUAUAAAUGUAUUUUUCUUAUCCAUUAGCUAGUUCUGACUACAAACAGAGCGUGGCACUUCCGGAGGCUUCUAUGGCUACCGUGUCAACUCAAAAAACUGACAAGUGUCUUUUAGCUUCCACAUUCAGCUACGUGGCUCCGGAACCUUCUUUCUUUACCGAGACUCACAUCGCUUUCUGUACAAAUUCCAACGGAAUCAUAUUCAUCAAACAAUAUAAAUCAGUGGAACCGACAUUCAGGCCAAUACUAUCCAGACACGUAUUUUCGCUUUGGUUUUGGUUCAGUACGCAACCAUGGGGUUUUCAGGCCAAUGAGUGGUAAUUGGUUAGCAGUGUUAGAAAGAGAGUUGGAGGAAAGGCUGCGUACACAACCUCAACAGACACCAAAGAUGAAAGCGUAUGCACCUGCGGCUGAUUACGGGUACGUUCACCACCGACAACAUGGGAAGUCUGACAAGUUCAUCAAGCAAUCCUUCUUCAGGAAAGUGGCGCACGUGCAAGACCGUAGCUACCCUAACCCCAUUCUCAGAGAUGCCUAUGCUUAUACCCCUCGUGUCGAUCCCUCGCACGUGUAACUAGACAAUUAGUCUAGUUUUUGCUUUUGUUACACUGGAUAAAUAAAUAAAAUAGAACAACUCAAGUCUAUGUCUCUCUGCCUCUUCUAUGUGACUUGUGUUCUGGCUUUUAAUAUUUCAGCUUUGUGCGUAUAUGCAUAAGCGUAAUGCAAAAUAUGGGCAUUUUGUACCAUAAUGAUCUAAUUAAUUUCAAUCCCUUAA